UGUGGCGCGGUCCCGGCGUCCCCCGCGGCGUCCUCGCCUCUUUCCGGCGACCUCUCCACCGCGGCUGGACCUGGGAUGGCGGCUCAGAAGAUCAAUGAGGGGCUGGAGCACCUUGCCAAAGCCGAGAAGUACCUGAAAACUGGUUUUUUAAAAUGGAAGCCAGAUUAUGACAGUGCUGCCUCUGAAUAUGGAAAAGCAGCUGUUGCUUUUAAAAAUGCCAAACAGUUUGAGCAAGCAAAGGAUGCCUGCCUGAGAGAAGCUGUUGCCCAUGAGAAUAACAGGGCUCUUUUUCAUGCUGCCAAAGCUUAUGAGCAAGCUGGCAUGAUGUUGAAGGAGAUGCAGAAACUACCAGAGGCUGUUCAGCUGAUUGAGAAAGCCAGCAUGAUGUACCUAGAGAACGGAACCCCUGACACAGCAGCCAUGGCCUUGGAGCGAGCUGGAAAGCUUAUAGAAAAUAUAGAUCCAGAAAAGGCUGUACAGUUGUAUCAACAGACGGCUAAUGUGUUUGAAAAUGAGGAGCGGCUCCGACAGGCGGUUGAGUUACUGGGAAAAGCCUCCAGGCUGCUGGUGCGAGGCCGCCGGUUUGAUGAAGCAGCACUCUCGAUUCAGAAAGAAAAGAAUAUUUAUAAGGAAAUUGAAAAUUAUCCAACUUGUUAUAAGAAAACAAUUGCUCAAGUCUUAGUUCAUCUCCACAGAAAUGACUAUGUGGCUGCAGAAAGAUGUGUCAGGGAGAGCUACAGCAUUCCAGGGUUCAAUGGGAGUGAAGAUUGUGCUGCACUGGAACAGCUUCUCGAAGGAUAUGACCAGCAAGACCAAGAUCAAGUGUCAGAGGUCUGCAACUCGCCACUUUUCAAGUACAUGGACAAUGAUUAUGCUAAGCUGGGCCUGAGUUUGGUGGUUCCAGGAGGGGGAGUCAAGAAGAAACCUGCAGCAACACCACAGGCCACACCUGAAGGCACCACUGCUGCCCCUGCCGAGGAAGAGGACGACGAAUAUGCAGGAGGGCUGUGCUAGGAGCUUGCUCUGCAGAAAGAAAGGGGAAUCCUGAUACACUGUUCAGGGACUUGGAACUUGUCUAGGGUGUCCAGGCUUCAUUGCAGGCCUGGUUUUGAAUGCUAAUAAAGACUCAUUUUCAGUUACCAUUUCCCCAAAUCACCCAUUGUACCCACUACCUGUGAAGCAUUUUUUUUCCUUUCAGUGAUAUGAGUUUUUGUAAGACACCAGCAGGAAUUAACAGAAAAAUGUACUGUGACAUUUUAAGACAGUUGAUUUUAAAAUUUGCAAGCCAAAUUCUAGACAAAUUACAUUCUAAACAAAAGGGACAAUAGGCGUAGGUAUUCUUUUCUCUUAGGCUCUCACUAUUUAUUAUUCAAGAAUUUUCUUUGCAUUUUAUUUAAUUGCUGCUAAAAGUGAAGUUUACUGGUUAAACAAAACAGUAUGUUGAAUGUUUGUUUUAUUUUGAAAAGGAAAUUUAUCCUCCAUGAUAUUAGAUACAUUUAAAUUAGUAAAUCUGUUCAGAGGUAAGAUUGGGACAGGAAGCUAUUUUGAGCCUUACAAUGUUAUUUAGCCCAGUAAGGUUUGAAAAUUUUGAAGGUAGCAUGUUAAAGUCCUUCUAUAAAUGUCUUCUGUUCUCUCUGAAAUAUGGAUAUUUUUUCCACCUAAAAAAACACAGUGGCUGUCUCCACGCCUACUUGGUUCUUGACUAGGUCUUGGGAACUAAUGAGGACCUUUUUUAUGCAUUCUAACAAAGAGGCAGUGUUCCCAUCAAUUUGGUGUAUAUAUGCAUUUCUUCCCUGCACAGUAAUUUCUGAUUCAUUUAGAAUUGUAAUGUGAUAGUGACUUCACAUGGGAAAUACUGUAUACCACAGAAAUUUAGCUGAAAGGGAAGAAUGGUUUUUGAAGUACUUAUAUUUAAAGUACUGUGCUGUCGAUGUUUUAAUCCUUUAUUGGUAUUUCCUAAAAGGGUCUUUUUGAAGCAUUCCUUUCUCGUGCUGUACGACUUAGACCCAUCUCCCAAUCUGUCAUUGGAGAGGCUCUAAAGCCCAGUAGGGGGCAUUCUGCAGGCAGGUGCUACCCAGAGUGGUCUCCUGUUGUCCGCCCUGUCUCUGCAGCCCUGCUUCGUGCAUGUACCUUAUGCUGGGUCUCGCGGGCUUCUUGGAAACACUAAGGUGGAUGAGCACAGUGGUUUUAGUCACGCUUGGCUCCGUGGGAGAGCUUCGACGGAAUACCAGCCUCGUUUGGCAGGUGUGCUUGGGUGAGUGGAUGUUAGGAUAGAAAUCUUUAUUGAAAGUUUGAUUCAAAACACUAGUAAAUUUAAUGUUUUGAUUCCUUAAGUUACUUGCAUAGUUCUAUGGGUAGCAGCUCAUUUUCAAUAACUGUAUGGAGAUUAAUUUUGAACAGUCUCAAUAAUGGUGUAGUUAGGCGUUUGUAUUUAAUGACAUGUUAAUAUUUAAAGAUCCCAUCAUUGCUGCCAUACCCUUUAGAUCCAGUCAGAGACUUCAGGAGUCUUAAAUUAAUGCUCAUUUGAGUUAAUUAACCGUCUGCUUAAACAGACUUGGCAGCACUUAAAAGAUAUUUUAGACCAUAUUAUAGACCAUCCAUUAUGGACCAUAUUAUCCAUGAUAGCCUUGGAAAAGAUUUUUUACCUUUACUCUUUUCUUACAUAUUAAACAAAAAUGAGGAAUGCUUCAAUGCGUUCUGUAGCAGUAAUGCACCUAGCCUUAAACAACGGAAAAGGCUUUGUACAAGUGCAGCCUCCCCACCCUCCUGCCUGCGUGUAAGAAUCGACGUGCAGCACUUGGCGAUGUUUGUGGUGUCAGCGUUAUUCUGCGUGGUGUCUAGUAAAGAACAUUUGUUCCACCUUUACGUAUUUUAUUUUUCCGCUUAGUAAGUCUUUGUCCUGAGGGUACAGUCAGAAGUGGAAAACUUGGUGUUUACAACAGGAAAAAUUAUUUUCCAGAACUCACGUGAUCACUUUUACCAAAGUGGAAGUCUGCAUGAAUAUGCUCGGAAAAUAGUCAGUGUUCUAUUAUAUGGUAAGUGAAAUCUACAAAAUAUAUUUAAUAUAUUGAAUUUAUUUGUACAUAUGCAGAGUAUGGUAUUUGUGUAUGGAAUCUGGGCUAUAUUCCUAUUUUUUCCAGCUCUUUGAUGAGUAGAAUAUUAAAUGUGUUGUUAUGGAAAUGUAGAUUAUUGCUUCUAUAGGAAGAUAAUUAUGAAAAUAAAAUCUGAAAAUCUGUA